CAGCAGCUCAAAGCUCAGAUAAAGACAGAGAGAGGAGCAUUCAGAGCUUCAGACGCCUGCAGAGAAGAUGGAGAUGAAGAUGAGCUGUGUGUGUUUGGUGCUGGGGCUGGUGCUGCUGAUGACCGUCUCCUCAGAUGCUCAGUAUGCUCUUGGUCAUCCUGAUAUCUGCUGUUUCAGCUUCGUCACUUUUAAAAUUCCAGACAAAGAAAUACUAAAAGUUAUAAAAACACAUUCCAGCUGCCCAAACGAAGGCUUUGUGUUUACAACUCCAAGGGGCAAAUACUGCAAGAAGAACCUGAAACAGAGAGAGGAGCAUUCAGAGCUUCAGACGCCUGCAGAGAAGAUGGAGAUGAAGAUGAGCUGUGUGUGUUUGGUACUGGGGCUGGUGCUGCUGAUGACCGUCUCCUCAGACGCUACCAAUGGUGUUGGUCAGCCUGUUCACUGCUGUUUCAACUUCGUCACUUUUAAAAUUCCAGACAAAGAAAUACUAGAAGUUGUAAAAACAGAUUCCAGCUGCCCAAAGACAGGCUUUGUGUGA